CAAGCACACACCAGCAAUCAGCUGACGAAUCAAAAGAUUUAGAAAGCAGCUGUUUUGAGCUGAAUCAGAUCCGUGGAAUAAACAGUAAGUUCAAGUAAAGCUGCCCAAGAAAGAUAUCAAUAUUAAACUAUAGGUGAAAGGAAACUGGAGAUCUACAGAUCAUGGAGAAAAAGGAGUUUAUCGCAUCGCUUGUGGCUGGAGGUUGUGCAGGUAUGUGCGUAGACCUCACACUCUUCCCCCUGGACACUAUUAAGACUCGUUUACAGAGUCAGCAGGGCUUCCACAAGGCCGGGGGCUUCAGGGGCAUCUACGCCGGUGUGCCUUCUGCUGCCAUAGGAUCUUUUCCAAACGCCGCUGCCUUCUUCGUCACGUAUGAAAGCACCAAGUCGGUGCUCUCCGGCUGUUUCUCUGCACCCAUGGCUCCGGUCACACACAUGAUUGCGGCGUCGCUCGGAGAAAUCGUCGCAUGUCUGAUCCGAGUCCCAACCGAAGUGGUAAAGCAGAGAACUCAGGCCUCCCCGUCUCUCCACACACACCACGUCCUGCUAGCCACUUUGCGUGAAGAGGGGGUUUGGGGACUCUACAGAGGAUUUGGCAGCGCAGUACUCCGAGAGAUUCCGUUCUCUUUAGUGCAGUUUCCUCUCUGGGAAUAUUUGAAGACUCUGUGGCGGAGGAGGCAGGGGGAACGGCUGGACUCUUGGCAAGCUGCAGUGUGUGGAGCUGUUGCAGGUGGCAUAGCAGCCUAUGUUACAACCCCUCUGGAUGUGGCUAAGACGAGAAUAAUGCUGGCGAAGGCUGGUUCUUCUACAGCCAGUGGAAACAUCCCUCUAGUUCUGUACGAGGUGUGGAAGUGUCGAGGUGUGUUUGGGCUCUUCGCCGGUAGCAUCCCCAGGACGACUUUCAUCAGCGUGGGCGGUUUCAUCUUCCUCGGAGCUUACGAGAAAGUGCAUCGCAUGCUCCUGUGAGACUUUCGGCCUCGACGUCUGCUGUCAGAAAAUGACUCGUAAAUCUGAGCUUAAACCUGAUCCUGACCAAAUUUACCCGGAUAAAGGGUUUGUACAGCCACACCUGGCACUCGAGGACUUACCAGGGAUCUAGGGUACCCUGGAAUUCACAGCAUAUCGAUUUUAACUACAAAAUUACAGCGUGGUUAUUUGUCAAACAUCGCUGCCACGAUGGUCAGAUUUGCCCUGAAAGUGUGCUGGUGUUGUACAUAAUGAGUUAAUAAAAGAUUUUUAUACUGAAAA